UGGAGGCAGUUUCUGCGAGAGGGAGAAAGAGGCAGAACCAACAUGGGUGUCGGACUGGUCCCGGCCGGCGAACCAGUCCAGAUUUGAAGUUCUCCCGUCUCGGACUGACCACCAGAAGCGUCCAUGAUUAUGCCCAGCGCCACCGUGUCCGUGCGGAGUUUGUCCGAAGUGGAGAAGUACCUCAGCAGCCGGAUGGACCGGAGUACUGAAGGUCUGAAUGUAUCUGCAUCGAUGCGCCGCGGCUCCUCUGAGAACAAUCUGGACCUGGACCUAACUGAUGGAGGUCCCGUUUCCGCACUGGGCUUUGAGGUUCAGCGUAGCCGAUCAUGCUUGGACAACCUCCAGCAGAAGAUAUUGAAAGUCACGGAACAGCUGAAGAUCGAACAAACGGUGCGGGAUGAGAAUGUGGCCGAGUACCUGAAGCUGGUGAACAGCGCCGACAAGCAGCAAGUGGGCCGCAUCAAGCAGGUGUUCGAGAAGAAGAAUCAGAAGUCAGCACAGAACAUCGCGUCGAUGCAGAAGAAGUUGGAGCAGUAUCACCGUAAGAUGAAGGACAGCGAGGUCCAGCUCUCCACGCCUCCUCACUCUGGCAAGCACAGCACGAUACCCAGGGAGUCGCCGAGAGAGCUGCUGAGGGACAUGACCGGCAGCGGUCGACAUCCCACCAUGGACAAGAUCAAGACCAUUGGGCCCGGGGUGUCAUUGUCCCCUCCCUUCUUCUUCAGUAAACCCAGAGAGUUUGCAAACCUCAUCAGGAACAAGUUUGGCAGCGCUGACAACAUCGCCAGCCUCAAGACCAGCCUGGACUCUUCUUCUCCUCUGCCCUCUGACGGGUCAGCAAAAGUGCUGAGCAGCAGCACCUCAUUGGUGGGCAAGCCCAAGUACCCCAGCGAUGACGAGUGCUCCUCAGGCAGCGCCUCCAUUUCCGCUGAAAGCAACGGCCACCCUGCGGCCGAAGGCGCCAAAGCUGGUACGAUGGAGGGUCUGCAGCUGGACGAGGAAAUCCAGAACAAACUGGCUCUGAGUCUGGAGGAAGUGAGGGAGCUCAAAGAGGCCCAGAACCAACUGGAGGAGAAUUUGGAGGAAAUCAAGGCUCAGUUCAAGAAAGAGUACGGAAUCGUCAGCCAGACGCUACAGGAGGAGCGAGACCGAUUCGAGCGCUUGGAAGACCAACUCAACGACCUGACGGACCUUCACCAGAAUGAGAUGGCAAAUCUGAAGCAGGAACUGGCCAGCAUCGAGGAACGGGUCGCCUACCAGGCCCAUGAGAGGGCGCGGGACAUCCAGGAAGCGCUGGAGUCGUGUCAGACCCGCGUCUCCAAGCUGGAGCUCCAGCAGCAGCAGCAGCAGACGGUGCAGCUGGAGAGCCACGACGCCCGGGUCUUACUGGGGAAGAGCAUCAACAUCAUGCUGGCCAUCAUCACCGUCAUCCUGGUCUGCGUCUCCACCGCCGCCAAGUUCGCCGUGCCGCUGGUCAGGAGCCGGCAUCACGUGGCCGCCACCUUCCUGUGCGUCAUCUUCUUGACCAUAUUCUGGAAAAACUGGGAGCGACUACAGUUUGCUCUUGACAGAGUGCUGGUGCCGGCCUGAGGAGGCGGCUGAUGCCGACGUAGGACUACAAGAGAUGAUUGGUUGUACAAUCGUCUGAAGAAAUAAUCGCGGUGCAUUUACCUAGGCCACUAAUCGUCUUGUUUAGACUCAGACUGAACUGGUGAUUUCACUGAACUUGAAUGUGUGUAGCUUACAUUUGGAUUUUAAUAGGUUUCAUGAUUCGUAUCGGUUUACCAGGUCAGUUCAUACAGAUUGAACCCAUGAGCCACCUUUAGUUUGCCAACAUCACUUUUAUUUGGACACAUACGUGUAUCGUUUCCUCAUCAAAAAAAAAAGGAGUCGGACCAAAUCUCUUAUGAAUGCAGAUGUGCUCUUGAGCACCAUAUUUUCAUGGAAUAAUGCUCAGAAAUGCGAGACGCCGGUGUUGGUUCUCAAAGUUGUCAUUUGUUCCUGCAUGAAUUGAGUUGGACUGAAGCUAAAUCUUCAUGCCCAGACCUGCUGCAAUCCCUCCUUUCACCUUCCUAUGUAGGACCCUGUAAUCCUCUUCAGGGAACGGAUAAAUUCAAUACAGUUAUUGGUCACAAGGUGGGGCCAAAUGUAUUAUUUCAUUCUUAAGCCCACUCCACUCUUGGUAGUUUAUACAAAUCUCUCGACACUGUCACUCCAAAGCGUGUCCUAUUUUUUUUAAAAAGCCAACUCAGUCUGUGUGUAACAACAAAAACUCAGACCAGAGUUCCUUGUCUAUGCACCAUGUGAAAUGAAAUUAAAUGUGGAUUUAAAGUUGUCAAAUGAAGCAGCCCAAAACAUGCACAUUCUGGGUUCAUCAUGAGACUCAAGUGUUACUAACCAGACCCCUGAAAGAGGAACUGUCUGCAUGUGUCGGACUCAAAGUUCCUUCUAGUCUGCCCCAAAAUAAAUAAAUAAAUAAUAUAACACCACGGUACCAGAAGCUAAUCAUUACUGUCCAUUUUAGUAUUUGCUAAAACAUUCCAUGUAUACCUCAGUAUAUGUAUUUACCAUCCAUUCCAAUGUCAGUUCCUCUCCUCCACUCUCACCCUUCCCUGAUGUUUAAAGUGCAAUACGUUUCAUUUCUCUGUUUGUGAUUUGUUUGUUUCUUGUCUUUGUGGUUUUCUGAAAAUGAACUCAACAGAUCCAUAACCAGGGUUCAGAUAAGACCAGCUGUUUCCCUUUCAAGGGCCAAAAGAAAAUCAAUGCAAAAGCAUUAGUGGCGCAUGAUUAUGAACGGCGAGCGCGUCCACACUGGCUUGUUAUGAAUCACUUCGUCUUAAUAAUGUGACAAUGAAACGAUGCUUAUACUGUGAUUUGAGGCCUUUUUUCUUUUGAGCCUUCAGUUUGCUAAUCAUGAUGAACCUGUGACGGCAUGUGUGAUGAACCGUGGGUCACUAUUGUCUGCCAUAAUGUGAUCACUUUCUAGUCAUUGUCUGAUGAUCUUCCUCGCCGUUUUGAUGCGUUUUACUUUCAAUCUUUCUUCUUCUUUGGUGUACCAUGUGAUCGAUCAAGUGUAUCUUCAUGCAUCAUGUGCCUUUGUCCUUCUUGGUUCUGUUAAAUUAAACGUUUUUAAUAACCUAAU